AUGACCACACAAAAGAAGGAAGCCUUAAAGAUAAGCAACGUGUAUCUGCAUCGAGAUGGCGAACUGGAACUCAUAAAGGAACUGGAGAAUGUCCUUAUUAGGGGAGUAUUCACAUGUGGCCACAGCAUAAAUAUUCUGCUAAAAGGGAAAGAAGGAAGCACACACAAUACGUUCAUUCAGUUGGAUAGCACACCACUUUCGAAUGCAUCUUCCAAUGGAAAGAGCUACUUGAACAUAUCCUACAGUGACAUAAACGAUUGUGAAUUCUUAACUAGCGAUUUUGUUUUGUAUGCCCUGCAUAAGAGGGGAACUCCCCCUGGCGGAUCCCCACAACAUGCAGACCACUUCGCUCACAACAAGGGGAGUGUUCUCCAGAGGAGGGAGAUAAAAUCCACGACGGUGCAUCGUGGGAGGGUGGCUACAUGGCGCUGCCCUCUACAAAGUCAGAGUCCCCUGCCAAGAGGGCAGACCGCUAUAACCCUCCCCAGGGAAAAUACACAGAACGCGCAAAAUGCGAAAAAUACACAAAACGCGCAAAACUACGCAAAAUGGCUGCCCGUCAACACGAAGGAAAUUUUCCUGGGGGAAUUCCAAUUUUACGGAAUGGACGAGGAAAAUAGAAUUUUCACAUGGCACAGUGAUGUCCAUUCCAAGGACAAAAUAAUUUACCACUAUCAGACAAAAUUUGUUAAAUAUGUGAACCUUUUGGAUAAAAUAAAAAUUGUCAAUGUAGCAUGCGGACAAAGUCACGCUCUCUUUUUGUCCCAAAAUAAAAACUGCUAUGCGAUGGGCAGUAAUGACACUUAUCAAGUAUGCACAGAAAAAAAAAAUAAAAAGAAAACUGUUUUUUAUUCCUCCCCGCAACUGAUCAGACUAGAUGAAGAUGCCAACAAAAAGGUGAAAUUCAUUGCUGCUGGAUAUUCACACAACUUAAUUUGUACUUACCAGAAUGAAGUGUACGGGUGGGGGAAUAACUUACACGGUCAGCUAUUUCUGGAACACCCCUUUGUAAAACGACCCACACUUAUAUUCGACCCGAAACGAUGGCACAGAUGUAUGGUAAAAAAGAGGAAGCUUAAAAGGGUCAGCAAAACAGUCACCAAUAAUUACACCCGGGCAGCCUCAUUUACUGACCAGGGCACUAACCAAAGUGGAAGUAGUAACCAUGGGUACAACGGCGAGGAUGAUAAUAACCCCUCGAAGACAUGCAACAGGGAACAGAAUCCCCCACAGGAGUACCCUCAGACGGACAAAUUUACAAAAUAUGUAGAACUUAUCAGGAGGCAUAAUCAGGCGUAUAAGAAAAUCAAAAAAUGGAGAGACAAGAACAAAUUCAAAGUUACAAAAUUAUGUUGCGGGUUCUCCUUCUCCUGUCUCCUUUUGAAAAACCGAAACUGUUACGUCGUGGGGAAGACCAACCCCUCACUUGUUACUAAAACGGAAAAAAUAGACACCCUUCUCAGGAUAAAUAAAAAAAAAAAAAUCGAUGACAUCUUUUGUAAUUUCUUUAACAUCAUCCUUGUGGAUAAUUUAAAAAUAGAGAAAAUUUGUCCCCGAAUUAUUGACCCCUCUUCUGAUAGGGCCAUUUUUCUCCACUUCAACUUCCCCCUUAAGGAUUCCCUCAACUGCAGAGUCAGGCUUAAUCACAGGGAUGGGGAGAAUUUGGUUAGUUACUCCUCACGGGGUGGUGGCUUCCCGGAUUGCAAACAUGGGGAAGCCCCCUCGAGGCUGAAUCUAUACCUAAGCUAUGACAAUGGAAGCGACGAGGAGGUCGUCGAACAAGACAAAAGCGAGGAUAAAGAUGACACGACCCUUUCUGGAAGCAUCCACCCCUUUGACAUAUCUGCACACACACUAUGGGAAAAAAAAAGAAAAAAAUAUUGGACAUCCUGCCAAUUUUACCAAAACGAAAUAGAAAGAGAACUAUUCUUCAACUUAUACAAUGAGCAUUUCUGCAUUCAGUACAAUCAGUGCAGCAUCAUGCUGACCAGUUACAACGGACAGGUGUUGAAUCUCUCCCCGGACAACUGCGCACUCAUGAGGAAUAUAAAAUUGAGAAUUAAAAUUAAGAAGGCACCCAUGCAGGUCAACUCCGACAACGUCUACGUCCUUUUCCACUUCACUGAUGAGUACAAAAAUGAGGUUUUCAAAUAUAGCAAAGGGAGCCUCAGGCGAGGUGGAAAUUACAUUUACACAAAAGUUCCAUCCAUCGUGGACGGGGACGUUCCAGAGGGUGUCGGAGGCGAAACAGCGGAGAAACACAACAGGGAUGAGAUCAAUAGUGCUCCCUCCGAUGGGGGAAAUUCCAACACACGUAACGAGAGCGACGGCCGCAGCAGCUGUAUGGACGUCCCCACCGCGGAAGACACAACGAUCAACACUCACCGAUUCACCAGAUGCAAUGUGUACUACUCACUGGGUGGGAACUUCUACGCCAGCUCCCUUCCCAUCACAAUCAUAAAACCGGACAUCCUCAAUAUCGUACCCAAUUUUGUUUACAUACACGACAAUAGGCCUAUUCGAAUAAACAUGCUCCAACUCUCUAGCAGCUUCCAACAUAUUUAUGUCACUCUGAGUAACCCCCGUCUGCCCAUUAUACGCGCAAAGGCCUACUACGAUGGGAAACAGGGCAACUUCCUUUUUGCUGUCCCGGCAAUCCCUACAGGGGUCUUCCAAAGGGACCAGAUGAGCUUCAUAACAUUCCACGUAUUCGUCUCGUACAACAAUGUAGAAUACAGCCAGACCGAAGUUAUCCUCACCAUCUCAAAUGUCAACCCGGAGGGAAGCAUGGAUGACACAGAUGGGGGCAAUGGCGACGCGGAAGGAUAA